GGCAGGAUUGCACAGAGUAGGGCUGGGUAGAGAGUAGAAUUAGAGUAAGAGUAGGGGGGCGUGGGCCUGGGCUGCCUGCCGUGUUUAAAUCCAGCUGGCCACUCCGCCGGGAAUGUAAUCCAUAUGUGCGCAGCGAGUUCAGCGGCAGGAGAGACACACAGAGAGGGAGAAAGAGAGAGAGAGAGAGACUGGAGGAGAGAGUGGUGGAAAAAAGAGAGAACAGAAAAGAAAAGACAUUACCCUGUGAUUGUUCCUGCUCUCUUUUUUUAUUACUCCUCCCCUCCUUGAAAUUCCUCUCAUACUAGGCCCCUGCUCUCUGGCAAAGCUUUCACAGUCCACACAGCGAGACACAGACAGAGAAGGGGAGACAGACAGAGAGAAGGAGAGAGGGAGCUUAACUCACUGGACAGAAGAGAAACAGCAACAGCAGCAGAAACAGAGAGAGGAUGAGAAUGGGGGAACCAAACAGGGAAGAAGAAGGUGAAGGUGAAGAAGAAGAAGCAGAGGAAAAAGAAAAAGAAGAAGAAGAAGAAGCAGAAGAGAAAGAAAAAGAAGAAGCAGAAGAAGAAAAGAAAGAUGAGAAAGAAGAAAAAGUUCAGAGUCAAAAUGACCAAAAUGGAACACCUGGACACCCAGUGAUCCAGAGCCAUUUGGAAGAGAGCAUCCACCAGCAGAACAAUCUGAACAGCGUCCUGGACAUGAACGGCAAGGCGGUACGCAGAGAGCCGGAGAGUGGCACCGGUACCGCCACCACCGCAACUACCACCACAACCAGCAGCAACAGCAUCAGCAGCGGUGUCACCGCCAAUGGUACCAACGGAACCAACGUCAAUGCCAACGCCGGGCACGGCAACGCCAACGGGAACAACAUCGCCAUGGUGACGGAUUCACAGUCGGAGGCGCCGCAGCCAAGCCUGCCUCACUCACGGGUCCCACGCGCCUCCAGGAAGGCGGCCACGUUCGGCAAGCGCUCCAACUCCAUGCGCAGGAACCCCAAGGCCGAGGUGGCCAAGCAGGGCUGGCUCCACAAGCAGGCCAGCAGUGGUGUGAAGCAAUGGAACAAGCGCUGGUUUGUGCUAACCGACCGCUGUCUCUUCUACUAUAAAGACGAGAAGGAGGAAGGGGUGUUGGGGAGCCUACCCUUGCUCAGCUUCCACAUCGGCCCCGUCCAGGCCUCGGACAAUAUCAGCCGCAAGUACGCCUUUAAGGUGUGGUACGAGGAGGAGAUGGAUGGGGACGGCGAGGACAGUAAGGGCAGCAUUGCGUUCUGCUUGCAGGUGGAGCACCCGGGCACGCGGACCUACUACUUCAGCGCCGACAGCCAGGAGGAGCAGGAGGAGUGGGUCACGGCCAUGAGCGACGCCGCCAGCGUACACACCGCCAACACACCCAGCCGGAGUGAAUCUGAGCACACGCCGUCAGAGGACUUGAACCACACACCCCUCCCCAAAGAACCCCUGCCCGAGACCAAUGGGGAGUCGCACGACACCACACCCACACCCACACCCACACAGACACACGUCCCUUCCUCCCCCCCGACGGCACCUCGACACCAGAUGAACGGAGACGCAGGCGGCGCGCUCGACCCCAGAGCUCUGGACCCCAGAGCGCCCCCUAACGGUGGGGUUGGGAACCACAGCAGCAGACCCAUCCAGGAGCACGACGGCGGUGGCGGCGGCAGGCCAGGAGGGCAUCCUCCUCCUCACCCUCACCGGGGGCCUCAGCAACCCAACGGCUGGGGCCACUAUGGGCCGCCAGCUAGCCCUGCCUACCCCCAGAGCCAGCAGGGCCAGCAACAGGAGGCCCUGCAGCAGCAGCAGCAGCAGCAGCAGAGAGGAGGAGGGCAGCAGGAGAACGUGAUGAUGAGGCGGAGCAUCGCGGGGGCCCCCCGGCCCAACCCCGAGAGGAUGGCCCAGCGGAAGAGCUCAAUGACCCAGCUGCAGCAGUGGGUUAACCAGCGCCGAGGCAUGGCCCAUCAGGAGGACAUGCGCAGCCCGGGGCGGUACUACCCAGGGAACCGUGGCAUGCCGGGAGAGUACGGCGUUUACGGCGGCUACGGUGGGCCGCAGUACGUGGAGGAGUACCCCCUCUACCCCCCAGGCGUCCGGCCCGACAGCAUCUGCUCCUCCACGGCCACGUACGAGCAGUUCCCGCCGCGCUGGGCGGCCGAGGAGAAGCGGCGGUCCCUCCGCGACGGCGGCGGCUCCGUGUACCGCGAUCCCCAGUGGCACCAGGGCCCCCCCACGCCGUCCUACUACGGCCCCGUGGACCCGCUGCACAGCUCCAUGCGGCGCCUGUCCAUCCAGCCACGUUCGCGCUCGGUCCCGCGCUCGCCCUCGUCCUCGGUGGCCUCGGGCCCCUACUCGCCGGGCCCGCACCUGUACGCCUCGCCCAUGCGUUCGCCCAGCACCCACUUCGACAGGGGCGGUAGGCUGCGCGACGACAUCAUCUACGCCGACCCCUCCACCUACGGCCUGCGACGCUCCAUCAGCUCACCAAAGUAUGAUUACCCUGGAGAUCGGCAGUCGAUCAGCCAAGGAAUGUACCCAUACAACUACCCUGCAUCACCUGCUCUGCACAACAAAAUGGAUGACAUUUUAGACCUGCAGCUUCAGCGCAAUUUGGAUUACCUUGACCAACAGGUGCCUCCAUUUCAUGACGUCUACAGAGACCUCCAUCCCACACUAAAGCUUAACGAGAUGGAGACGAGCAAACUCCUGGGCCGACUGUGCGAGCAGCACCGACUUAUGAAGGAGCAGGAGGCCGUGGUGCACCGCCUGCGGAUGGACAAGGAUGCCCUGGAGGAGGCGCUGGUGGGCACACAUCAGGAGAUGGAGAUGUACAGGAGUCAGGCUCUCAGCUCAGACAAGCUGCAGCUGAAGAAGGAGACGCUUCAGAUCCAGCUCAUCAACAUACGCGGAGAACUCUCCCAAGCAUCCAGCGCUUUGACAUCUACGCGAGUGGAGUUUGAGGCUCUGGAGGACGAAGCUAAUGCAAUCCACGGGGACCUCUGGGAGCAGCUAAACGCCGGAGGACAGACUGAAAUGGUGCACCGGCACAUCCAGAAGGAGUUCUGGAGAGUCCAGGAUGUGUUGGAGGGCCUGCACAAAAACAACCUCUCUCGUGGAACAGACACGGCCAAGCACAGAAUGACUAGCGGGGCAUCGGGUUCCUUCAGCACAAAUAGUCCAGCCAGUCCCCUGAGUUCCGUUAGCCUCACUAGCCCCCUGAGUCCCUUCUCUCCCGUCUCUGGCUCCCAGGUGUCCCCCAGCAAGCAGACAGGCUCAGAGAGGCACACAUCUGGACCAGACAGGACCGGCAGUAGUGACCAGUACCUGGAACAAAGCAAUGUAAACAAAGUAGGCAUUGUCCCCCCUCUGACGAGAUCGCCAAGUGAAGAGCAAGCAAGGAGUUCUGGCCCCAUCCAUCGGAGAAAUGGAAAAGUGUCGAAUGGCCAUAUCUCCAGGGAGCGGCCGAAGAGUGCCGUGUUCCCUGCAGAGGUCAAGUCCAAGAUGAGCGUGGAGGAGCAGAACGAACGGCUCAGGCGGAACCUCAGCAACUCGGUGCGGGACAAGAGGCGCAGUCUGAACCUGUCCGGCUCCCAACACUUAGAUGGUGUUUCCAAGCCCAGCUACAGGGUGGUGCGGAGAAGGCUAACGGCACAUGAGGUGGACAUCAAAGACCUGGAGGCCGCGGUACGAGGGGAGGGGGUGGAGACCCCGAGGGAGGAGAUUGCACGCCUGCGGCGAGUACAGAUGGACCCGCAGCACUACGAUCUGGACAUCGGGAAAGAGUUGUUGGCACCAGAGAAGAUUGUGAUUCCUGAGCGGUACUUGGAUGUAGAGCCCAGCACACCGCUCAGCCCUGAGGAGGUGCGGGAGAAGCAGAAGAAGGUGGAGAGGAUCAAGACCCUCAUCGCCAAAUCAAACCUUCAGAACGUGGUUCCCCAGCUGGAUGGGCCUGCCGAGGCCCCGGCAAAUCCCGAUCAGCAGCUGCAGGAGCAGGAGAAGCGCAUCGAGAUCUCCUGCGCCCUGGCCGCCGAGGCUUCACGCCGCAGCCGUCUGCUGUCUGCCCAGUGCGGCUCCAGCCCCCCCGCCUCCCCCACCAGCUCGGCCCCUCCCCCCACCGCUGACUUCUCUGACUCCUCCCACAUCAUGAAAGUAUGAGUCCUGUCCUGCUUGCAGCACAAGCCUUGGCUGCUGUGAAGUUCGACGGCUCGUAUUUCUGAGACUCCAGAGAUCCAUGGGCCACGCCACCCUUCAAUUCUCUACCACCCCCAAACACUGUAAUUCUCUCAAUCAACCUUUGUCCAGUUAGUUGAUGAAGAAAUGAGAAGAUGUUUGGAGAAUAAAUGAACCUGUCCCACAUCAUGUGGCAGCAAGUUGGGUCCACCCCACCCAGCUGAAGAGAGAGAGGCCUAUUCUGGCCUUUCACCACCAGGGGGCAGCACUUCAGACCCAUCUCCCCCUCUAGAUCAUUUCUUGCACUUACAUGCUUUUUUCUUCUGUUCGGGGCCUUACACACAUAUCAAGAAGCCACGGCAGUAAUGCUGCCACACUAAUUAUCAGCAAUCUAGUUUUCCACAUCAGGAACAUGAACGAACCCAACAAAGCCUUUGGGUUUGAAGUAUCAUCAGUCACAUUAUCAAGCUACGACACUAGCCAGAGGAGGACAUGUGCACUCACUCGGGCCACUGUGGAAGUGACAAGCUCAGGGUAGAAACCUGUUGGACAGAGAAGUGAGACAAGAAGGCAGCGCCCAAGUAGAGAUGGCCGUAGGCAGACAGACAGACAGAUGGACAGGGGAGGUCAGACAGAUGGAGUUUUAGUAGGUGCCACUAGAGGGGGAUAGAGAAGAGGAGUAGGUUAAGGUUGGAUGCAGUAACAGUAGUCAGUGGAGGACAGUGGAGGGAGAAAUGGCAGGACCCGGUCUGGGUAACGAUGGUUUGAGUGUGAGAAUGACAUGACACAUGUAGCAGUAAGUGUCAUCUUAGAUGGUAAAUCUGUCAUUCCUUUUCCAAGCCCUGAGCUAAUAGAAUUGCAUUGCAGUAUGGCCCAUUGUGGGCCCCGAUGGCAGUAAUAAAGUUAGAGACAUAUAGAAAUAAAAUAAAAAACCUAAGAUGGUCCUUACAAUUUCAUUUUGCCCCAGUCUGAACAAUGACAGAAACGCAACAGGACUCUUGACAGGAUUCAAGACAUUCCCAGUGAUACCUCUGUGCUCUGUGAUGGCACAAGGAUUCAUUCCACUCGCUGGCCUGUUACACCCGAGGGAGGGUGUAGUCGUAGCCCGAGUAUCCGGAUAGUAUCCGCAAACUGUGGCUGAAAGCCAGACUCACACUGUGACUCCUCUGUGCUCUUUCACCCUUCGACGCGCAACAGGGCUUUCACCCCCUGGUCCACCAUCUCAAGCUCAAGCUCAAACUCAAGCUCAAGCUCAGACAGCAAUCGCAGCUUCCAAACAAGCCCCAUUCCCCGUCAUGGUUUGACUGGAGGUUCAACGGAUUUUGAGACGAGUUUGGACUGCUAAUGUAAAUACUUAAAGUACAGUACACCUCACAUCGAAGCCAUGUGGACUACUUUUAGUGCUUCAAGCGGCUAUUGGACCAUGCUUUGGUGGCACCCAAGUAAUAAUUGUUUAUGGUGAAGUGUUAUUUCAAGGGAAUAGAGGUUAAAACAAUAACUUAACAAAACAAAUAGAAAAAAAAAGAAGUGACCUUAGAAAAUGUCUGCUAGUGCAAAUACGUGUCUGAAGAUGGGCCGGCAACUUCAACUGCAGAGACGACAUUGAUAAAUGACCAUGGGAUGAGGAUUGGAUUAGAGUGGAUACACGUGAUAUGGGGGAAAGCAUCUCAAUGAGGCUAAAGCAUUUAUCACUGUGCCAUUACUGGAUGGAACUGUGCUUGGGCAAGUCGGAUUUUUCUUUUGUUGUUGUUGAUGAUGUUGAUGUUGAUACAUGAAUCCUGUUUGUUACGGAUAUUACUAUUGUAUCUAUUUUUCUAUGUCUAUGAACUCCUUUUUGAUGUGUUAUGAUCAGCCAACACUAGUCCUGACCGUUUGAAAACCCAGCUGUCUGCCCAUUACCGGUCUUUCUACCUGAUUUGUUUACAAGGACAACCUUUUUUGUCAUGUCUCAGCCUCCAUAUCAUGUCCCAAGGCAUUGCCUCAUCGGCUCCCUAAACAAGCCCUGCCAUACAAGUUGUUGGCCUAUCGACCACUCUUGUGUCUCUGUGGUAGAAGAUUGAAUUUGUUGUGUAGUUCACGCCACCUGUGUUUUCCUAAAGCGAGGUCUCUACUAAAGUGGGGUUUUUCAGUGCAAAGAUCUGGUAGGAUUCAGACACACAGAGAUGCUGUCUUUCAUUUUGCCAUUCUUGCGCGGUAUCAUAUCAUUAUUACAGAAUAUACAAAACUGUACCUACUACAGGAAGCUGAGCUGACUGUAUCAAAAACAUCAUAUUUGAAAGUUAAAAAAAGAGAACGUUUGUACGAUAAAGUAAGUUUUAUUGAUUACGGGAAAAAGACAGACGUGAGUCUAAGCUAUAUUUUUUAUUCUCUUUGAGAAGGUAUAAAAAACAAAGGUCAAGAAGAUGCAGUAAAUAUUUUUUUAACCAUGGAAAUUUGACAAACAAAGAGAAAGGUCAGCGAGUUUAAAAAAAUAAUCAAGAAGAAAGUAAAGAUGUUUCUCAUUUUUCUUGUACUGGGAAUACUGAAUACAGCAGAUAUUUUUAAUUUAUUGAUUCUAAGAAUUUACUGAAUGGCUUUGGUCAGAGACAACUGCAAAAAAGCAAACAUAUUUUUGAGUAAUUUGAGGGAAAAUUGAUGAGUUGAAAAAAGCAAAACAUUCACUGAACUGUUUCCACGGUUUGUAGCAUUUGAGGCCAAGUUGGACAAAAACUACAAAAUGAGUACAUUGGUCUGUGUAUAUAUUUAUGAUCUAGGCUGUAUAUGUAUAAAAAAUACAUGUUGCUCUUUUUGGGAAAACAAAUUGCUUGAACUAUGCAAAUAUGAAUACACACGAUAAAUAUGCUUGCUUUAGAAAUACCCUCAUGCAAUAAAGUGAAUGUAUA